AUGCCGGCCGGGUUUCAGCAGCUUGGAGUGGAGACAGUGACUGGAACCCUCGCUCUGUCAGUCUUCACGGCUGUCCUUGGAUCUUUGGAGUUUGGAUAUAACAUCGGUGUCAUCAACGCGCCACAGAAGAUCAUUGAGGGGGACUACAAUGCAACAUGGAUGUACCGGUACGGGGAGCCCAUCCCCACGGGGACCCUCACCUCACUCUGGUCGCUGUCCGUUGCCAUCUUCUCCAUCGGCGGCAUGUUCUCUUCCUUCUGCGUGGGCUUUGUUUCUGAAUGGCUGGGCAGGAGGAAAGCCAUGCUUAUAAACAACUUGUUUGCCUUUAUUGGAGGAAGUCUGAUGGGAAUGGCCAAGCUCUGCCGCUCCUUUGAAAUGAUGAUCCUUGGACGUUUUAUCAUUGGUGCCUACUGUGGAUUGGCAUCUGGCUUGACACCAAUGUACGUGGGUGAGAUAGCACCUACGAGUCUCAGAGGAGCUUUGGGCACGCUGCACCAACUGGCUAUUGUCACUGGCAUUCUCAUCGCACAGGUCCUCGGCUUGGAGUCGCUACUCGGCAGUGAGCACUUAUGGCCUGUUCUGCUGGGAUUAACUGUUGUGCCGACUGUACUUCAGAUGGCUCUGCUGCCGUUCUGCCCCGAGAGCCCCCGAUUCCUCUACAUUGUCCGGUGUCAGGAGCACCAUGCCAAGAGUGGCCUGAGGAGGCUAACAGGCAGACAGGAGGUGGGUGACAUGCUGGCGGAGAUGAAGGAGGAGAAGAGGAGGAUGGACAUGGAGAGGAAGGUGUCCAUACCCGAACUCUUUCGCUCUUCGCUUUACCGCCAGCCCAUCAUCAUCGCCAUCCUCCUGCAGCUCUCCCAGCAGCUGUCGGGGAUUAAUGCAAUCUUCUACUAUUCCACCAGUAUCUUCAUGAAAGCAGGAGUCCAGAGUCCAGUUUAUGCCACCAUAGGAGCCGGGGUGGUGAACUGUGCCUUCACGGUAGUCUCGCUUUUCCUGGUAGAGAGGACGGGUCGACGGACACUGCACAUGUUAGGACUUGGUGGAAUGUGCAUCUGUGCCAUCAUCAUGACUGUGGCUCUUGCUUUACUUGACAGUGUUCCAUGGAUGAGCUACAUCAGCAUGCUUUCUAUCUUUGGUUUUGUGGCCUUCUUUGAGGUUGGCCCAGGUCCCAUCCCCUGGUUCUUUGUAGCUGAGCUGUUCUCUCAAGGUCCAAGGCCAGCUGCCAUGGCUGUGGCAGGCUUUUCCAACUGGACUGCCAACUUUAUUAUUGGCAUGUGCUUCCAGUAUGUCGCUGACCUGUGUGGGCCAUACGUCUUCCUGAUCUUCGCAGCUCUCCUUCUGUUCUUCCUCAUCUUCACAUUUUUCCGGGUGCCAGAGACACGGGGCAAGACCUUUGACCAGAUUGCAGCCAAUUUUCACCAGCAUUCAGCUGGAGGGAUGAUGGAUAUGGAUAUGGAUAUGAGCAUAGGCAUGGGUAUGGACAUAGACAAACCCAGCACUGAGAUGGACUACUUGGGGGAGGAUACCAUGAACUGAAGACGCCCCGUGGAACUGAGAAAAAUGGAACUGAGCUCAGCUUGAGAAAAGUUGGGUAAAGGGGCAUGACACCAAACUUUUAUUUACUAAUAUGUAUAUUGAGAUCUUUAUUUUUUUUCACAUAGUUUGUGGUGCAAAAGCAGUGUUAAAAGUGUGUGACAAUUUGGGUGUUAUGGAAUUGUCCUUUGCUCGUAGCACUGCAGUACAGGGUUAAUGGUUAUGAAUUCUGGCUUCACUUGAAAGGCUACGAACCAGGGGAGUAAAGGUCGACUGCUGUAGUUUCAAGGGAAGAAGAUGCACAUAAGAACAACCUGUCUGGCAUUGACUGCCAGUGUAAUAAGACUUUAUUCCAUGGUGAUGGCAAUCAGUUGCAGUAUUGACAGAUGGAUGUGGAGAGACUUGGGAAUUCCUGCACUUUAUAAACAGAUAUCUAAAGUUUUCAAAGUUUUUAGGCAUAGAAACAAUAGGAUCAGCAGCCAGGAGUGUGAUGGAGCGUGCCUAUUUUUACCAAAGAUGGGAACACAUAUUUAAGAGGUUAACAUAUGAAUUUGAUUUUUUUUUUUUUUAAAUCUCCAAUGACAGGAAUCACGUCUACUCACUGUGGGUUUUGAAUCUUUUUUGGCGCCAAAUGAAGUGUGUCUGAAGUGUGUUAUAUACUCAAAGCAGAUGUAGAAAAGGUAGUAUGGUGGGUAGGUGGUGUUUUUUGUUCUUUAAGAACAGGUAACAGAUACAUUUAAUCAUGUUAUACUUUUAGAAACUGAUUUUAUGUGCUAUGUUAAUGUAUCCAAAGUGUAACCUGGCAUCAGUAUACAAAUACCAGUCUGAAACUUCUCAAGGGGCAUUAUCAAGCGGACCAAGAUGCCUCUGGAGUUGUUUUCACAGACAUUGCUUUGAACUCCUCCAGAUAUUAGCCGAUGGAGGGGUCAUCCCAGGACACGAGUGUCACAUUCAUAUAGUCUGAACAGUUAAUGGUAUUUCACGGCCAGCUUCUGUCCACAUGAUUUCAUUUGCACAAAUCACAGCACAGGUAAUUCAAAGUUCAUGUCGACAGGACUGCAACCAAUCAGAUUAUAGUGUGACGCAGUACUGUGUAACCUGAAAAUGUAAACAGUCGUAACAAACUAUCCUUGUUGGAUGCAAUGGUUGCGAUUGGCUCAGUAUAGGUAGGGCUCUGGGGAAAUGAGUUUUCAAAUCAAAAAUUUGAACAUGAGCCCUCAGUCAUCUGGCUGUCAGGUUACCUGAAGUGUUUUCUGCAUCAGUACCAAAACGCUGAUAUUUUGGGGUUUUCACAUGUGUUCUCAACUUAAGUGUGAAAGUAUUCCUCUGAUAAUAGGAAACUCCCUGCACCACAGAAAUGCUACUUCUGAUCAAGCCUUUUGUAUUUCAUGUGUACAUAGUGUGUUUGAGGGUCUAGGUUUAAAAUUCUUCAUGCACUCCAGCUGGUGGUGUUCGGCUUUGUAGGCAGACUAGAAAAACUUCCAAGUACAAGCACCGACUUUCAAGGUUUGUGCCACACAAUCACCAAGUUUGUGUUGCGUUGCCUUUGCAUCCGUCACGUGUGC